AUGAGCGAGACCAGCAAAGCUUUAGCCAAUUAUGGCUUGAAAGUCGCAUCUCUCGCCAUUUCUUUGGCUAAAGUCUAUAAGUCCCAAGAUGCGGGGCGGGAACGGCUGGAAUCUGAUGUCGCCCGGUUGAAGGCUUCUGUUGAGAAAGCAAAGUCCGAGGCUGCCGCCUCGAAGAAAGCUCAAAUAGAUGUUGAGGAGAGAAAUCUCCUUCUUGAGAAGCGUGCUUCCGACUUGCAGCGCGAGGAUGAAAGCACCCGGGCUGGCUUGGAAGAGACACCGAAGAAGAAAGAAGAAGAGGUCUCUGACUUGAGGUCCCGCCACCAGAUGGAGAUCGAGGGCGCCCAAAAUGAACUCGCUAAGCUCAAGGCGGACAAUGAGCUUCUGACUGGGCAAGCCAUCGAGAAGUAUGAGGAAGGCUUCAAAUAUGCUAAGUGCCAACUUCGGUUUUUGGCCCCGGAAUCCAAUUUGAAGGCCCUGGGAGCUUAUAAGAGAUUUGUUGAUGGUGAGUGGGUUGGGUCCGAUGAUUCGGAUUCUGACGAGUCUGAGAGCGAGACAUAUGAUGAAGAGCCCGCUGCUUCAGAUCCCAUCGAUAACCCGCCCACCAACAAUUCCGCGGAGAUGACUGAAGAAGGGGCUGUUGAAGAACCCGCCUCUCCUAUUGCCGAGCCCCGGGUCGGUGUCGACUCGACUCCUCAUGAUGAGCAGUCUCCUGUGGUUCAAGAUGCGAACGGGGAUGAACCCGCCGAUUAA